AGGACGGAGAGCCCGGAGGACAAAUCCCUCUGUCAGAAGCUGGUGGGAGAGGCUGUUUUGAAGGGCUCCACGGCACAGGAAGGCAGCGGGGAGGAAAAGGCCCAGAGAUCCCCCCGCAGGAGGGGCUCCAAAGCCAGCCCAGGGUGCUGUGAGGAGGAAAGAGCCAGCCUGUGCCGGGAAGGCGGCCAGAGCUUGAGGCAGAGCUCUGAGCUGGUGGUCCCUGAGCAGCCUCCCAGCAGGCAGAAGCCCUUUAGGUGCUUGGAAUGUGGGAAGAGCUUCAGGAAGAGCUCCGACCUCCUUAAACACCAGCACAUCCACACUGGGGAAUGGCCCUAUACAUGUGGGGAAUGUGGGAAGAGCUUCAGUAACGGCUCCCAUCUGAUCCGACACCAGCACAUCCACACUGGGGAACGGCGCUACAUGUGUAGGGAAUGUGGGAAGAGUUUCAGGGACAGUUCCAGCCUGAUCCAACACCAGCACAUCCACACUGGGGAACGGCCCUAUAUGUGUGGGGAGUGUGGGAAGAGCUUCAGGCAGAGGUCCAGCCUGAUCCGACACCAUCGCAUCCACACUGAGGAACGGCGCUACACGUGUGGGGAAUGUGGGAAGUGCUUCAGCCAAAGCUCCAACCUCCGAACCCACCAGCUCAUCCACACCGGGGAACGGUCUUACAAGUGCUUGGAAUGUGGGAAGAGGUUUCAGACCAGCUCACAUCUCCUCGUGCACCAGCGGACGCACACGGAUGAGAGGCCCUUCUGCUGCACCGACUGCGGGAAGAGCUUCAGCCGGAACUCCACCCUCGUCAGGCACCAGCACAUCCACACUGGGGAGAGGCCCUACAAGUGUGGGGAGUGUGGGAAGAGCUUCACAGACAGGUCUGGCUUGACUCAACACACACGGACCCACCGGUAAGGGAAGCCCUGAGUGCGGGAAGAGCUUCGGCUGCUGCUUCCACCCCAAAUGAAGCCCCUGAUGGUGAGGCAACCCCUG